AAUAAAAGUGAAACCACUAAAAAAAAAACUAACGAAAAAAAGUGACACAGAAAGUGCGAGUGACGACGACGGUGCCAGGUAGUAGUUUCCACUCAGUGGAAAGAAGGAAAGAAAAAAAGAAAGAAAGAAAAAAAAUCAAGGUGAACACAAAAGUGUGACAAACACAAAAACUUAACGAGCGCUCUCCAACACGGACCACAGACGAAGGAGAGGGGUGUGGAGUGUGGGACGGAACGGUGCUCGGGCGCAUGUUUGCGGCUAAUUAGGCGAUCAAACAAACUAGAAAAAAGAAACAAAAAAAAACGAAAUAAAGCAGAGCAACAGUUUCAAAUCAACAACAACAAAACACACACAUCACGUGACAAUGGCACGGCGAUAGAAAUUGCGUGACAUUCAUUUUGAAGUAGCCCCUAGGAUCCACCCUGCACCACCCACCCAACCACUCACACAUCAUGUCUUUGAGGAGCAACAAGUUGCAGAGCCAACAAUCGACGGCCAGCAAUGGUAGCAACGGCAGCAACAACAGCAAUAAUAGUGGAACAAAUGUAACACAACAACAGCAGCAACCGCCGCCAAUGGUCUAUCAGCAGCAGCAACAGCAACUUUUGGCUCAACUCCAGCAGCAGCAUAAAUUUCAAGCCCAACAGCUGCAAUUGGCGGCAACAUCACCAAAUGCCAAUGGCAAAUACAUCACAACUACCAAUAAUGGCAGCGGCAACGGCGGUGGCAAUACAAGUCGCAAUAAUCUGGCCACUCUAGUGGCAGCUAUCAAUGGUCAUGAGCAUCAGCAGCAGCAGCAGCAACAGCAAUCGCCAUCAUCUGCUGGCUAUCAAUUAUCACCAGCAGCCGCUUCGCGGGUGGCUCAUGCACCACCGCAUUCGCCCUUGGGACCGCCAUCGUAUAGUGCUGCAACUGCAACAUCACUGCAACAGCCGGCCUUCUCAUAUUUUGCUCCUCAGCCGUUGCAUCAUCCAUAUCAUCAUAAUCAUCAUCACCACCAGCAACAGCAGCAGCAGCAACAACUACAGCAACAGCUGCAACAGUUACCACCACCUGAUCUCACCGAUGGCAUUGAUCAGCCACAUGCUGGACAAACUGGUGGUGGUGGCUCUCCACCCGAUUCACCCAAUGCAAAUGGCCAAACGGCCGCCGAACUGGAGCAACAACUCUGCGUGGUGGCCAAAAUGCAAAAAUCAGUGACCAUUACGGUAACACCGCAGCGUAGCAAUUCAAUGGAUUUUCUCAAUUUUGAAGAGAAACGUCAACUGAUAGCCUCAUCGUUAUCGUUGUCCGAUAUUCUGCAUAGCAAUAAUCAACAGCAGCAGGUCAAGGAGGCAGCUAUCAAUGGCAAUCAAAGUGCUAAAAAACAAAAUGGAGCCGCUAUACGCACAAAUAGUUUGGGCUCCGGCACACGAACUCCACCCCUGGAACGUAAAAGUAAACUGAGCGCUCUGGGUAGAUUCUUUAAGCCAUGGAAAUGGAGACGGAAAAAAAAGAGCGAAAAAUUUGAGGCCACCUCCAAGUCUUUGGAGCGUAAGAUUUCUGUUCGUGCCAAUCGUGAUGAGUUAGUGCAAAAGGGCAUUCUUCUACCAGAAAGUCCAUUGGGCAAUAUACCAGAACCAGGCGAGGAGUCGUACUACAAUACCAACAAUAGUGGAGCCACUGCCAAUGGUUCUAUACUCUCUGCCGUCCAUAAUAAUUCCAUAAAUCAAGCCAACAAUUCCAUAAAUGCCACAACAUAUGGCUCUGCCGGCAAUCCGCUAAUCUCCUCCAACCAGCAGCAGCAGCAACAACAACAAGGACUACCAAGUUCCAUUUCUGUGCAACAGUUCAAUGCAAAUUCCAUGCUCAAUGGAUCGAGCGGUGUCGGUGGCCUCAACCAACAGAAUUCCAUGGCCAAUGGCUGCAUUGUUGGCGGGCAUAAUGCCAGUGGCAACGAUGGCGCCUCGGACACAUCAUCCCUAAGCGGCGGAGUGCCCCAUUCACAGUCAGCACCACAGCAAUUGGGUGUGGGCCAACCGCCGCCACCUUUAACACCUCUGGCCCAACAUCAUCAGGCUUUGGCCCAGCAGCUGCAACAGCGAUUUGCCAUCAGCAAUAAUAAUGAACCAAGAAAAGACAAGACUGAUGCACAACAACAACAACAACACGGUGGAAAUGGCACAAUAUCAACGCCCAACAUUGAGCAGCCAACAUGUCAGGGCUCCAUGCUGCCGCCACCUGGCGGCGGUGGCGGUAAUGAUUCCAAUAAUAAAUUGGAAAGGCCCAACACAUUGGGUGGGGCCAAUAAGCUGACGCGUCGCGGAGUCAACAUUUGCUACCACAAUGAGCACUAUGGCGAUGAUGGUAAAAUGGUUGCCGGUCCACCGGGCAGUACACCACCACCAUAUGGCGGAGGUAAAUUGCCACCAGGCGUUAUGCUUAGCGAGCUACCAGAGCCACCAAUACCCGUAUCAGAGAUUGGACCCAUCCCACCGCCGCCAAUGUUCUCCACGCCGAGCCCCACGCUCAUCGCUGGACGACCGCACGGGCCAGGCGCCAUGAACGAUCAGGACUAUCAGCAUCAGGAUUAUGAUUAUGAUGAUCACGAUCCCGAUCAAGAUGAGCUAGAUUCAGAUGAUGAGUAUGCCCCAUAUGGUGGUGGCAAUCAUGUACGUGUUAUGGAUACACAGCGCGUUGAGGAAAUUCCAGCCAAAGAGCCAAAACCAAAUGCAGUUCCUCUAAAAUCGGCGCUCAAGAAGAAAGUUGGUAUGCCAACAUCGGCCUCAACACCCGUAACGCCCACCCAAGAGCAUCACAAUAAUGGCGGCGGUGGCGCCACAAGUAAUGCCACAGCUGCGGCAAUUUCAAAUAGUAAUGGCGGCAUUGGUUCUAUGGCAGCGGCAGCAGCUGCCGCUGCACAACAAUCGGCAAGUCAACGUCCUUUGGUGGUGCGUCAAGAUGCCACAGGGAAUAACUAUUCGCUCAAGCCAAUACUACGACCACGGAUUAGAAUAUGCAGGCAACAAAUGUUUAACAUCCAACUGCCGUGCACUGUGGAGAAUAAAGAGAACACACGACCCUUUGUGAUACGGGAGAGUAGCAGCGAUAGCGAUGAGAGCGAUGGCCAUAUUGUCUAUCGCGACGAUGACAAUGAUAAUACACGAUUAGCCAAAUUGGCACGCAAAGAAUCACUAUCACUGAAAUUGCAAUUGCGACCCGAUAAACAGGAUUUGAUCAAUCGUAAUAUAUUGCAUCAGGUCACCGAUAAUGAGCUCAAAGAAUCCAAGGAGGCAAUCGGAGCACGACUCAUACGACGUCUGUCCAUGCGGCCCACUGCCGAGGAGCUUGUCGAGCGUAAUAUAUUGAAAACUCAAUCACCCGCCGAGGAAAAGAAACAAAAAGAGGAAAAGAAAUCGUAUCUGUUGCGUAAGCUCAGUUUUCGGCCAACUGUCGAAGAGUUGAAAGAGAAAAAGAUCAUACGAUUUAAUGAUUAUAUUGAGGUAACGCAGGCUCACGACUACGAUCGUCGUGCGGAUAAGCCAUGGACAAGACUGACGCCAAAGGAUAAGGCUGCCAUACGGAAGGAGCUCAAUGAAUUUAAAUCCUCGGAAAUGGCAGUCCACGAGGGCAGUCGGCAUUUGACGAGAUUCCAUAGGCCAUGACGAUUGCAAUGGCAGCAACUUUCCAACAAAUUACAACAGAAACAACCGAAACAGCAAAUGUAUUUUAUGAUGCAACAUCAAAUUGUCAACAAAUAUUUAAAGGCAAAACAUUAAGAAAAAUGCAUAAACUAAACUAA